ACAAAAUCUUCUAUAACUAUUACUACUAUACAUUCCUCACUCACAUAUCAACAUUUUCCUCAUUUGUAUUACAAUGGAAAGAGUGACAAAGAUGGUUUCAGAGAGACCAGUGGUGAUAUUCAGCAAAAGUUCUUGUUGCAUGAGUCAUACCAUAAAGACACUUUUUUGUGACUUUGGUGUGAAUGCAGCUAUUUAUGAACUAGAUGAGAUAUCAAAAGGGAAAGAGAUUGAGCAAGAACUUUCUAGACUUGGUUGUUCUCCAUCUGUUCCAACUGUUUUUAUUGGUGGAAAGCUUAUUGGUGGAGCUAAUCAAAUCAUGAGCCUUCAUCUUAACCGCACUUUGAUUCCAAUGCUUAAAAAAGCUGGAGCUCUCUGGGUUUAAUUUCAUCAACUCAUCAGACAGACACAGCCACUUAAUAAAAUAAUUACCUGUUUUGGUUAUGGGGUAAUUUUGAGUUAUAUAUCUAUAUAUUAUGAUGAAUAAAUGUAACAUAGUGUAAGUACUGUUUAAGGACAAGUGUCUUCUACACCUCCACUACACUAUGCUAU